CCUAGUCAUGUUCCUGAGUAAGAAGCCCAAAGAGAAGGAAGCGGAAUCUCGCAGUCAGGUGAUCGAGGGGAUCAGCCGCCUCAUCUGCACGGCCAAGAACCAGAACACCAUGCUGCGAGUCACCAUAGACGGGGUGGAGUGGAACGAUGUCAAGUUCUUCCAGCUGGCCGCUCAGUGGCCAACUCACGUCAAGCAGUUCCCCGUGGGUGUGUUUGGUCACGUGAAGAUGUGAUGUCAUCAUCAGAGGAAGAUCAAUCACUGUGUGUUC